CUCCACUGUCGUUUACUCAUCCCACCAUUUACGCUCUUUAAUACCACCCAUCACCUUCAAACUCACCCAACCUCAUCCCAAUCCGUCAAGAUGAUCUCCAACGUUGUCGCUCUCGGCUUCGCCGGCAUGGCUGCCGCUGCCUACGCUCCGCAAGGACCACCUCAGGCUUACGGUGCUGCAUCCAGCUCCGCUCCUGCGGGUCCUCCUCCAAGCUACGGCACUUCCACCGCCCCGGUGUACCAGCCCGAGACCACCUCUGCUCCUGCUGAGUCCUCCGCUACCGCCACCUACAUCACUUGCUCUGAGGCGACGGUUCUGACCUGGUACUCGUCCACGAUUCAAGUGCCACACCCAACGGUCGUCACCUUGACCCACCCCGUCGAGAGCAUGCCGGCGUCGACUACGCCAUGCCCCACUUCGACUGAGGCCCCCGCCCCAUCGCACCCCGCUGGCGACCAGUGCGCCCAGAAGUGCAACAUGGACUACGACCACUGCCGCAACGGUCCCGACGCCAACAUGGCUGAGUGCGCCUCCGAGUACGCCAGCUGCGUCGGUUACAACCCAUUCACCGGCUCGAGCUUCAUGUCCGCCACGGCUUGCUCUUCCACUCCCGCCCCAACAGGCCCAGCCCCAACGGCCCCCGCCCCAACAGGCCCGGCUCCACCUCCAUACCAAACGGCUCCGGCUUCUGCUCCUGCGCCAUCGCACCCCGCUGGCGACCAGUGCGCCCAGAAGUGCAACAUGGACUACGACCACUGCCGCAACGGUCCCGACGCCAACAUGGCUGAGUGCGCUUCCGAGUACGCCAGCUGCGUCGGCUACAACCCAUUCACCGGCUCGAGCUUCAUGUCCGCCACGGCUUGCUCUUCCACUCCCGCCCCAACAGGCCCGGCUCCACCUCCAGCUACCACCCCGGUCUCGCCUGUGAACACUGCUCCGGCCUACGUUCCUCAGCCAGGCCCACCUGCACCCGUUGCCACCUCGCCUGCUUCUCCAGUGCAGCCACCAACCUACCAGAGCCACCCAGCGUACCCAGCCAACAACGCUACCACCCCAGCUGGCACCGGUGCUCCACCAAGCCAGACCAGCCCAGUUGUUUACCACGGUGCUGCCGCCCAGGUCGCCGCUGGUGCUUUCACCGGCCUCGCCGCCGUCCUCGCUUUCUUCUUGUAAGCGAGUGACAUUGUCGACGAUACCUCACGUGCCAUCUGAUGUUUGGAGAACGGAACUUGGAAUUGUCAAUACGCCAAUUGGUCCAGGAAGAGAAAAGUGUGUUGGAUCUGUACACAUGGUGUUUUGUUGAUUUCUCGGUUGCGGUUUGCUCGCUCUUGCUGCUGUUCCUUUCUUGUGUGACGGCGAGAUGACCGCGAGAGAGCCUUUGUGUAUGUAAACAUGGCUGGCGUCGUAGUUCGCUUGUAAUGUCUUUUCUCG